AUGGAGGCGCCGCGCACAACGGCCAAGCAGCAGGUCGUCGACCGCAUCCCCGCGCGCAUAAAGCACAUCCAGUUUGGCAUAUAUUCCAACCAGGACAUUGUCAACCAGGCCGUCCUCGAAGUAUCCGACCGCAAUGUCUACGAUCUCCAGCCCGCCGCCGACAAUACGCGCACCCUCACGGCCAACGGGCCCAUGGACACGCGCAUGGGCAUAUCCAGCAAGCAAGGAACCUGCGCAACAUGUGGCGAGGGACUCGACACCUGCAAUGGGCAUUUUGGUCACAUCAAGCUGGCGCUGCCCGCAUUCCACGUUGGCUACUUGAAGCACAUCAUCGAGGUGCUCAACUGUAUAUGUAAAGACUGCUCCCGCGUCUUGCUAGACGAAGUUGAGCGCCGGAGAUAUCUGCGUAGCAUGCGCCGCCCGGACAUGGACACCCUACGAAAAGGCGCAGUGACUAAGAGGAUUUUGGAAGACUGUCGCAAGAAGAAGACCUGUCCUUAUUGUAACGGUCUCCAGGGCACCGUACGCAAGGUGCCUGGCCAUCCGCUUAAGAUUAUCCACAACCGAUACGAUGCUUUCAAUCGAUCCACAGCCAAGACCAAGAAGGCGCCCCCGGGAAAGAUUGAAUUCGACCAGUCGUUCGAAACAGCAAAGUCUGCAAACCCGGAUCUGGACAAGCACCUGAAAAAGGCCGUCGACGAUAUGCACCCGCUGCGCGUAUUAAACCUCUUUAAGAAAAUAUCUCCCGAGGACUGCGAGCUGCUGGCCAUGAUACCCGAAGAUGCGCGACCGGAGAUGUUGAUCUGGGAAUACAUGCCAGUGCCACCCGUGGCGUUGCGACCAUCAGUCAUGCAGGAAGGAGGUGCGACGGAGGAUGAUGUGACCAACAAGAUUGGAGACAUUUGCCACAUCAGUAGUAUAAUACGGGCGGGGCUUGCACGGGGCUUCCCGCUCCAGAUUCUAAUGGAGCAGUGGGAUUUCCUGCAGCUGCAGAUUGCCAUGUACAUCAACAGCGAUGCGCCAGGUCUUAAGCAACAGGGUCUGCAAAAAACUAUGCGUGGUUUCUCCCAGCGUCUCAAGGGCAAAGGCGGUCGAUUCCGACAAAAUCUUUCAGGAAAACGUGUCGAUUUCUCUGGUCGCACAGUUAUUGGUCCAGAUCCAAAUCUGAGCAUUGAUGAAGUUGCCGUGCCAGAGCGUAUAGCUAAGAACUUGACGUAUCCUGAAAAGGUUACACGCUACAAUAUUGACAAGUUGAGGAGGCUUGUAAGGAACGGCUCCAACAAGUACCCCGGAGCCAACUACAUUCUUGACGACCAGGGUCCGAACAAAGACAGAGGCAAAAUUUCCCUUAUUGCCCUUUCGCGAUUCGAUACUAAGGGUGAACGCCUCGAGGGCGCCUCGAAACGACUCAAAAUUGGCGACAUUGUUGAGCGCCAUAUCGAGGACGGCGACAUCGUCCUCUUCAAUCGACAGCCGUCUCUCCACAAGCUCAGUAUUCUGAGUCAUCGAGCAAAGGUGCGGCCAUGGAGAACAUUCCGACUGAACGAAUGUGUGUGUAAUCCUUACAAUGCCGAUUUCGACGGUGACGAGAUGAACUUGCAUGUUCCUCAAACCGAAGAAGCCCGAACAGAAGCUACCGAGCUCAUGGGCGUCAAAUACAAUCUGGCCACCCCGAAAAACGGAACACCAAUUAUUGCCGCUAUCCAGGAUUUCAUUACAGCUGCGUACCUUCUAAGCAACAAGAACAACUUUUUUGACCGGCGCACAUUUUGUCAGAUUGUAAAUUACAUGUUCAACGGCGAAGGAGCAUUCGAUCCGGACACUGGCAAGAGGCACCCGAUUGAAAUUCCACCCCCGGUCGUAUGGAAGCCUCAAGCGCUCUGGACCGGAAAGCAGGUCUUCAAUCUACUGAUGCGCCCAUACAAAGGAUGCAGAGUCCUAGUCAACCUGGAAGCUGCUUGCAAGCAAUUCAAAAACACCCCUGAUCAGCCUCCCGACCUGAACGAGAACGAUGCUUAUCUUGUCAUUCGAAACUCUGAGGUCAUGUGUGGUGUUAUGGACAAGGCAACUGUCGGUGACGGUAAGAAGGACUCUGUCUUUUACGUCAUGAUGCGAGAUUUCGGUCCCGACCACGCUGUCCAAGGAAUGAACCGGCUUUCCAAACUUUCUGCGCGAUGGCUCAGCAACAAUGGCUUCUCACUUGGAAUCAGCGAUGUGACUCCAGGAGAGAAGCUUAAUAAGAAGAAGCAGGAUCUCGUGCAAGAAGCAUACGCCAAGUGUGACAAGCUGAUCAAGGACUUUAAAGAAGGAAAGCUGCAGCGCGACCCAGGUUGUGACGAAGAGCAGACAAUGGAGAACAGGAUUGGUGGUAUUCUGUCUGGUGUUCGUCAAGCUGCUGGUGACAUUUGUUUCGAAGAGUUGAGCAGGUGGAACUCUCCCCUACUCAUGGCAAAGUGCGGUUCAAAGGGAUCCAACAUCAACGUCUCCCAGAUGGUUGCUUCUGUCGGACAACAGAUGAUUGGUGGUGCACGUGUGGCUGAUGGCUUCCACCACCGAACGUUACCUCACUUCCCCAAGGCUGCACGUCAGCCAGCAUCCAAGGGUUUCGUCAGUAACAGUUUCUUCUCCGGUCUCACCCCAUCUGAGUUCAUUUUCCACGCAAUGAGUGGGCGUGAAGGUCUGGUCGAUACUGCUGUCAAGACGGCCGAGACCGGCUACAUGAGUAGACGAUUGAUGAAGUCUUUGGAAGAUCUUUCCGCACAGUACGAUGACACUGUCAGAAAUUCGUCUGGUACUGUUGUGCAGUUCCAGUACGGUGAUGACAACCUUGACCCCGUGGACAUGGAGGGCAAGGCAAAGCCUGUGCAUUUUGACCGAACCUUCUCACAUGCUGUCACUUCUACUUGGGACAACUCAGAGUCCAGUCUAACGCCUCAGGAAGUCCGCGAGUACACCGAAGCGAGACUAAACGCCCAAAGGAACAAGUAUCCUAGGUACGCACUGGACGGUGUGACGCAGCUAGAGUAUCGCGACCAGACCGACAGGGGGAUCGACCAAAAGGAGUCGAUGCGUGACUUCCUUGACACGGUACAGGAUUACGUCUUCAAGAAAGCUCAAAAGCUCGAAACGACACUUGCAUACCUCGGCAUUGUGCAGCCCGAUGCCAGAAAGGACAAGAAACAGUCGGCAGCCGAUGCGGAAAAGUACAGUCUUGCUGAUGGUAUCGCCAAGAUCUCGGAAAGGGCCCUCGACACUUUUAUCACCCUAUGUUUGACAAAAUAUCAUCGCUCCCGUGUUCAGCCCGGUCACGCUGUAGGAGCUAUCGGAGCCCAGUCUAUCGGUGAACCUGGUACGCAAAUGACCCUCAAAACUUUCCAUUUUGCUGGUGUCGCUGGUAUGUCCAUCACCCAAGGUGUACCCCGUAUCAAGGAAAUCAUCAACGCCUCCUCCACCAUCUCCACUCCUGUUAUCGCUUGCGAGCUUUCCAACAAGAUCUCCGAGUCCGCGGCGCGAAUUGUUAAAGCACGUGUCGAAAAAACGUAUCUCCGCGACGUCAUCUCGUACGUCGAAGACGUUUGGCACCCCAACGGUGCCUACAUUGCCAUGCGCAUUGACUGGGAUACUAUAAACAGGCUGUUUGUUGACGUACAACCCUACGAGAUCGCCGCGGCCAUCAAUGCCCACAAGCCGCUCAAAUGGGGCAAAGCCGGCGCAAACGUGCGCAUCUCUUCCUCCAUAAUCCGAGUCGAAGUCCCCGACCCCAACGCCGCAAAGAAGCGACCCGUCAAAACAACACGCAACCACAAAGAAUACUUUGAGCGCGUCCAACAAGUCAAGUCUCUCAUUCCAGAUGUCGUCAUAAAAGGCUACCCCGACUGCUCCCGUGCCAUCAUCAAAAAAGAAAGCAGCCCGAACGCCCAAGGCCACUACGAAUGUCAACUCCUCGUCGAAGGCUACGGCCUCCAAGACUGCAUGACCACCCCUGGAAUUGAACCAUACAACACAAAAUCCAACCACGUCAUGGAAGUCAAGACCGUCCUCGGCAUCGAAGCCGCCCGCGCCACCAUCGUCCGCGAAAUCGGCGAUGUCAUGGGCAACAUGGACAUCGAUCCCCGUCACAUGCAGCUCCUCGCCGACGUCAUGACCUUCAAGGGUGAAGUCUUCGGCAUCACGCGUUUUGGUCUCCAGAAAACGCGCGAUUCGGUCCUCCAACUUGCCAGUUUCGAAAAGACGCCCGAUCACCUUUUCGAAGCUGCGGCGCGUGGAAAGACGGAUACGAUUGAUGGUGUUAGUGAGUGUAUUAUUAUGGGCCAGAGUGUUAAGUUGGGAACUGGUGCGAUGCAAGUUGUCAGGCCCCUGUUUUUGGGUAGUGAGAUUGGGGAGAAGAGGACGAUGUUUGAGGAGGGGUGGGAAGCUUUGUAA